GUGUGUGCAGAGACUGGUCCUGAGAUCCAGCUGGAGGGAGCAGGGAGGUGCGGUACCACGUCAUUUGGGCGGGAAUGGGAGCGGGUUUCUCUAGAAUCACAUGCCGGAGGUGAUGGUGCCGUGCCAGAGCGGGAAUUACUGCAGUCAGACUCCAUCCCUGGGAAACUGUCCAUCCCUAUUCCCCCCAAACCUUCCCUCACAGCAGCUCCCCCCCAACCGCCACCAGUCCCCCAGCGAGUGGGAUUGUACAAGGCUUUCGAGUGAGUGAGACAGACAAGGAAAAGCUGCACUUCACCCAAAGAACACUCGCCGCAACCUUUUUUAUCGCAACUUUUCCCUCCGGUUCUCACUCCUGCUCCCAACCCAAGGAACCGUAUGAGAUGACCAGCUUUCGGACAGCGCGCUGAAGGAGGGGAUUCGGUGGAUAUUUAACACCUACUGCUCCCCCCCCCCCGCUCUCUCUGUCUCUUCAAAAUCAAAGGGACGAUCCAACAGGGGGCCCGGGAGAAUUAGAGAGCGCUGCAAGGAGCCACCUCGAGGGGAUAAGGCUCCCCUCCCGCGGGCUGGGGAGAAGACAGCAACCGCUGUCCCGUUUCUGGAGGCUAGAACAUCCACCAGCAUCACCACCCCCACCCCCCACUGCGGACCGGCUGCAGCGAUGGAGCGGAGGGGUUCAUAUCUGACAGCCUGAGAGAGGGCACGGGAGAAGGCAGAGCCAAAGAUCCAGCGGGAAGACGGAGCGGUGUGAUCCGACUGUGCAGUUUCCAAUGAAGAGGGGCUAAGCAGAGGUACAUAGGAAUGCUUCUACUGUAUAUCUGCUGGGAAUCUGGACCCAUGAAGAAUGUGGUGAAAAAGAUAUUUAUCUGAACAUAAUAAUCAGCAAGGAUGAGAUUCUGUGCAAAAUCGAUGCUCCUCACUCACUGCCUGCUGCUCGUCUCUGUGUUAAUGCUUUGCUGUAAGUUGCUGUCUGCCUCCAACCAUCAUCCUAGGGGACACUCAGGUCAUCAGGUCAAACAGGGCACAUGUGAGGUUGUAGCUGUCCACCGGUGCUGCAAUAAGAACAAAAUUGAGGAACGGUCACAAACGGUGAAAUGCUCUUGUUUUCCGGGACAAGUAGCUGGUACAACCCGAGCUCAACCUUCAUGUGUUGAAGCCUCUGUAGUGAUGCAGAAGUGGUGGUGCCAUAUGAAUCCUUGCCUAGAGGGCGAGGAAUGCAAAGUUCUUCCAGAUCUUUCGGGAUGGUCCUGCAGCAGUGGUAACAAGGUCAAAACCACCAAGAUUAGCCCUUCAAGCCCAUUGCAACAUAUGUAGCGGUCAGAGCAAUUCCAUCUAUGCCAAAAAUCUCUGUACAAAUGCUGCAGCUGUGCAAUAACGGUGCCUGGGACAGAUCCGAAACAAUGAUGCUACACUGGCAAUCCUACCACUGCCUGAGGAUUGACACACCAGGGAUUUCAGCUUAAACGCCGUACAUCUGUUGUAAAACAAGCAGAGUGUAUUGCAAAGUAUUUCCCAGUACUGAAUGUUAUAGAUUCGGUAGCAUCUGUAUUGAAUGUUCUAGAUUACACAGAAAUAAUAGCUAUUUUUUCCUAUGUUUUGCUCUCGUUAUAUUGAAGCAAACUUCAUUAAUCUUCAGUAAAUCAUCAAUAGAUAAUUUGAAGCCUUGAAGAUGCCACUCCAGAAGAUGGGAUUUACAUGUACUACUGUAUAAGAAAACAUAUUUUCACUAAGGAAUCUUUUUCUUCCACAAUGUUUUGUAAAAUCUGUACAACAGUUUCUCAAAUAUUCCUUUAAUUUUGCAUUAUAUGAUUGAAGGUCAAUUUUAUGAGAAAAAAACCCAGUUCAACCUGAAGCCAGAAGGUCUGUCCACAUUAAUUCAUUCAUGGGAUGUGGUGUUGUUGACGAGACCAGAAUUAUUCGCCAUCCUUUAUACCCUUGAGGAAGUGGCACUCAACUGCCUUCUUGAACUACUCGAGGCCAUGUGGAGUAGGUAGACAAACUGUGUUGAGUAAGAAGAGAACUCCUGAGUUUUGACCCAGCAACUGUGAAGGAAUGGCAAUAUAUUGCCAGGUUAGGAUUGAACGUGACUUGGAAGGGAACUUUUUGGUGUGGGUAUUCCCAUGUGACUGCUACCCUUGUUCCUCUGGUGGUUGAGAUUAGUGGUUUGGAAAAUGUUAUGCAAAGAUGCCUUGAUGAGCAAUUACAAUGCAUCUUGUGGUGGAUGGAGAGAAUAUUUAAGAUUAUAGAUGGGGUGCUACUCAACAAACUACUUUGUCUUAGAUGAACAUCAACAUUCUUGUGUUUAGUGUCAGCUUUACAACAUUUAUGUGGGUGAUGCAACUAAUCCUCAAGAUAUUGAAUGUGUUGUAUUCAAUAAUGGCAUUGUCUUUGAACACCAAGAGGAAAUGCUUAGAUUCUUGCUAUUUGGAAAUGGUCACUAGUCGACAUUUAUAUGUUGUAAAUCAUCUUGCCAUUUAUAAUCCCAAGUCUAAAUGUUUUCUAGAAGCUGGUCUAUGCAAACAUAGACUGUUUCAACAUCCACGGAGUUGUGAAUGGGAUUAAAUACUGUAUAGUCAUCAGCAAACAUCCCAGCUUCCAACCUUAUGAUGAAAGGAAGCAUUCAUCAUUGAUCAAGUAGUUGAAAAAGGCGAGUGCCAGGAUGCUACCCUGAAAACUCAUAUCACAGAAUAAUUGACCUUCAGUAACUGUAAUUAUCUUCCCUUGUAUGAAGUAUGAGUUUAGUAGUGGAGAGAUUUCACCUUGAACUUGCUAAUUUGAAUGUUGCUAGGCUUGUUGAUGUCAUACUCUUCCAAAUAUUCCAUUACUGUCAAGGGAAGUCAUUCAUAUUUCACCUCCAGAAUCAGCUCCCGUGUCCAUAUUUGGAGAAAGGCUGAAAUGAGAUCCAGAGACAAAUAGUGCAUGUGGAACUAAAACUGAGUACUGAUAAGUAGUUUUUAUUGGAUAACACUGUUGAUGACACCUUCCAACACUCUGCUGAUGAUUGUGAAUAGAUCUAUAGAAUAAUAAUUGAUUGGAUUAGAUUUUUCCUGCUUUUUAUGGACAGGACACACUUGGGCAAUUUUCCAUUUUUUUUUCAGGCAAUUGCCAAUGUUUUUGCUGCAGUGGAACUGCUUGGUAGAGGGUAUCUGGUUUUGGAUGUAAAGUGUGACAGCUGUCGGGACUUGUAAAGCUUGCACUCCAUCAUUCUUGACUUUGAGUGCCAUGAAUUCAAUUAGCCAAAGACUGGCACUUUUGUGGAGAGAUGGAGGCCAAGGUGGAUCAGGUUUCUCCUGGCUGAAGAUGGUUGCAAAAGCUUCAUGCUUGUCUUUUGCACUGAUAUGGUGUAUUCUCACAUCAUAGAGGAUGAGGAAAUUCAUCACAGAGCCUUUUAGUCCCUUUGGCUGUUCAUUAUCCACCACCAUUGUGAUUGGACGUAGCAGGGGUGCAGAGAUUUUAUCACAUCCAUUGUUUGGGGAUCAUUAAGUCUGUUUGUAGCAUGCAGUUUCCACAGAUGGUUCUGUGUUGUAGCUUCGGCAGGUUUUCAGCACAUUUGACUCUACCUAUUACUGUUCCUGACAGGUUCUUUUUAGACACCUCAUUGUAUCAGCCUUGGUGUCCUGUUUUGACAGCUAGCAUGAACGAUCCGCUGGACCAAUGUAAUAAAUAGUAGUAUCAUUGUUACUGUUUGGCAUUGUUUCAUUGAUGCCUACUUUGAUACUCUAGAUUGUUUUGUAUGUACCCUACUUAGCACAUUGCUAGAGCUACACAAUGUGACAAAGAAUAUCCUUAGUUUGAAGACUUGAUUUAAUCUCCAUGAAAACUCUGCUGUGGUCCCUCCUACUAUCAUGGAGAGAUGCAUAUCCAUUAGAUAGAAUGGUGAGCGCAACAUUAGUUGGAUGUUUCUGUUGUGCUGGAUCUCUCAGAAAUUGUUGCAGGUGGAUCUGUCAGCCAUGUCUUCAGGGCUCUGGCAGCUUGAUUAGUAGUGGUACUACUGAGCCACUCUAGUUCAUGAGAUUCUGAUGUCCAUUCUGAGCCUUUAUGGCAUGCAGCUUCCUUCAAAUUGUGAUCAAUGUAGAGAAUUUUUGAUUCAGUCAUUUAUUGGGAGUUGGGGGCUGGGGUGCACGGUGUUGGCAGUGACAGAUAAUAAUCGGCAGCAUUUUUUUGCCCAUGAUUGACCUUCUUUCAUGAGACACUAUGAAGUUCAAUGCCAUUGUUGUGGACUCUGAGGGAAAUUCCUACCUGACAGUCUACUGCUUCCCGGCAACUCCAGUGGGCCUAUCCUGCAGGUGGGUCAGUUUGUAUUGCAACAGUAAGGGUCAGGUUGAGCAGCAAUGGAGGUAUCUGAAAUGUUGGCUGUAGAAUAAAAUUAUUCUGGAUGUGUAACUACAUCAGGAUGCAGGACAGGUUUCCCCAAAUGUUAGUUAGAAUCUGGAAGUAAAUGUUAGUUAUUAUUCUGAUAAAUGGCUCCGUGCAUAACAUUGAAUUGGCUUGCUCCUACUGAUGAUGAAUAAUCUUUUGUACAGUUGCAACAUUUUAUCUGCUUCAUUUAUCUAUAAUAUGCUGUCAUUUCUGAUGAAAAUAGUCAAUUGUUAAUCUUAAUGUAUUCCAAUUUACUAGAAUUUGGGGAAAGUGCAGAUAGCUUUGAGAAGUGUCAGCGCCUUAGUCCUAUAGCAGGGAACUUCAAAACUUGAUAGAACUAUGGGCAGUUGCAACUGUUGAAAACAUUGCAUAUAAUAGAAUACUGGCUUUGUAUACUAACUCAGUUAUUUGCAAUUUCCUAUUGUCAAAUGAAAGCUAGAAGGCAUUUUACAAUGCUGUCACUGUGACUCAGUAUAAAUGCUCUUUUCCUAAUCGCAGUGAUUGACAUCCUGUAAAGUCUGCUAGAAAUAGCUGUUAACAUUCUCUGAUAUUUUGGAAUCAGAUUAGAUGCCUUCAGCUUACACGAUUCUAAAAUACUUCAUGCAUUGUCUUAGACUUCAUAUACAAUCUAUUUGUGAAAAUAGAAUAACUCUGAAAAGAAAUAUUGGAGAACUGAGGAAUUCAAAUAAUAAAUUGCAAGCACAAUUAUUGAAAUGUUGAGUUGAUUAAUAAUCCUCUUUAGCCCUACAUGACUAGAGGAAGAAAAUUCUCUGCUCAUGACAAUGAGCUUGACAUCAGGAAUCCGUUGAAAGAUAUAUUUCUCCUCCAAUUUUUCACAACCUCCGCACAAUAUUGAGAUUGCCUGGAUAUACCUAAGAACAUCAAUAAACUAGAACAAGGCAUUAACUUAUACCGAAUUAGCACUUUUAGAAAAUUGCUAAGGCAUAGUGAAUUCAAAUUUUCAAAUCAUGUUUUGUUCAUCUUGAAUUUGAUUCUAAAUAGAAAAAAGAAACAAUCAGCAGACACUGCUAUGACAUCAAUUGAAUAUUGUUUGCAUCUUGGUCUCCUAUGUUAAGAAGGAAGGUAAAAUAUUUAUCAAUCUUUACCUUCACAACUUUACAUUUUAAUUCAGGAAUACCAGGAAUUUCAAUUACUUGCAAUGAGAAUUAAUUAAUUGAAUAAAGAAGACAUCUGUAUCCACAGAAUUCUUUGCUUGGUUAACUGUUGCAUUUUGGCCAAUGACUUAUAUUCUCCUGAAAUGUAUAAAUAACUGGUGCUACUGCCAGCAAAAGAUAAUUCUUUCUCCUGCCUAAGAAAUGAACCACAAAUUUACAAUUAUUUCGAAACACUAGUAUUUUUAUGUUGAAUGACAGUAUCACAUUAACUUGGCAAAACUAUUUUAAAGUGUGAAGCUGCCUCACGCACAGCAGAGGUCUCCAGAUUGAUUCCCACUUUACACUCUUUGCUCAGUAAAUUGAUUCUUGGUGACAAUGGAUUAUGAUACAUGAGCUAAGGAGGGAAAUAGCAGUGAAGGUUCCAUCCUUACUCGAAAUUGAAUGCAUAUGCAGACAUGAGAUGGUGACAUGUUUGGAUUCAGCUGUGUUGCACCCUAUGCUAAAUACUCUGCUGAGGCUAAUGGAGUUUAUCAUAAUUAACAGAUUGUUGAGCAAGGUGCUGAAGAGUAACCAUGGAAGUAAGCAAGUGAGUAAUGAGAUCAUUGAGGGAGAAGAAAAAAUUGAUGAGGAAAAUGAAAAUUUACAAUGUUACUUCAAAUUACUGUAAAUACAAUUGAAGAUAUUUAGGAAUGAGUGUUCAUCCAGCCUCACAUUUUAUUGUCUAGGAAUGAGUGUACUUGGCUGCAAUAUGCCCUGAAAACCCCUAUGGAGGUGACAAUACUGUUUUAAUUUCUACUUUGAUAUUGUAAACUACUUUGCAGGAUGCAUACCUAUCAUGUUGUCAUUUGCUGAAGUUAUGGUUUAAUGGUUUUUUGGCUUAACUUUUUUCAUUUUUUAUAAAUAUAUAUAUAUGUAUAUAUAUAUAUUCAACAAAAUGUGAAAGUAGUAAAUAGAAAUUAAAACUUCACACACUUCAGCAAGUAUGUAUUUGUUUAUGCAUUACUAUUUAGAUCUAUUUCACAAAACUUGGAACAUGUAUCAGUAACUUGUUCUAUCUGAAUGUUUACAUAGAAAAUAAUUCUUAAUGCAGCAAUUUGUACGCAUAAAAGAAUGAUUUAUUUAAAAUGAAUUUAAUUUCAAUUAAAGAUGGAAUUGUGUGAUAGAGGUAGCUGCAAAUGUUUAAUGUUUGAUGUAUGUUUUUGGGAGAUUGUAUAUAUGAUUGAAGUGGUAAGAAUGCUAUCAUGUUCAUUUUUGACUUUGCAGUUCUCAUUAAAGAUAGUAAAGGUAUCUAAAGCAGUCACCUGCUUUUGAAUGUGCUAAUAAAAUAGGAUUUUACCACUCAGUUUUAUAUUUUUAUACAAUUUGGCAAGUAUCAUAAAUAAUUCCAGUAAUUAAAUCAGUAAAAUUUCAAAAAGUUAUUUCCUGGUGAUCAUAAAUUGCUUAUUGAAAAGUUAUAAAAGUCAGUUUUUGGCCAACACUUUGAAUUAUUAUUGAAACUGGCAGUCACCUAGUUGAUUGCAGAUCCAGUGUACAGUAUACAGUUAUGGCAAGAGAAGUAUUUACCAUUAACACCAAAGAAAAUUGACAACAGAAAUCUUGUGAUCUCUAUGGCAUCAAAGUUCUCUUUUCUCACAUUAGUUUGAAUCACCUGCUAAGUCUGGGGUGUAUCUAGGCCUAUAGCAACAAUGAUGUGAUCAAAUAGGAUCAGCAGUCAAUCAUAUUUACGUAUUCUUACAAACAGAAAAGCAGAGUAAGAUACAUAGAUUAUCCUUUAGCUUUAAUGAUAUUUUAUAGACAAGAAAAUAAAUGAUUGGAACAUUCAUAUGGAAUUACAAUAGAAGCUCAAAUAUCAUACACUUAUUCGAAAAUAUACUUUAAAGGUGUGAUUUUUUGUGAUUACAGCAGAGAUUUGGAAUUCCUUAAACAUAAGGUUGGGUUUCCAGAACCAAGCAGAGUUUUCUGCCAUAAUUAUGAAUUUCGUAUCAAUUAAAAAUCCAGUUCCACCUCAUUCAGCAAAAUAUAACAUUUUAUAGCAUGUAGUGAUAGUAUUAAAGGGCAAAUUCUCGUCAGUUCAAUGAAAUAUACUUGAUUACCAUUUGUAGAUAUUGCAGCAUUAGAAAAACUUAGAAUCAUCAAAAGAAACAUCAUUGUUAGCUGUUCAUGUGUGGAUUCCAAAUGCUGCUGUUAAUUUCAGAGGAGUGAUGAUAAUGAAUGAUUGAUGUUUUACUGUAAUUAAUGCGAAAAUGGGCCAAUAUAAUUUUGUUAUCCAACUGUACUUUAUAGACUGUCAGCAAUAAAUCAUAGAAGUGCAGAGGAAUUGCCAUAGUCAUUUAAAGAGAUCAAGAUAGUACUGAAGAAAGGCACAAAAAGUGACAUUGAGCUUGAGUGACAGGGAUUUUGGAAAUUGCUGGAGCCAGUAAACUAGCCAGUUUAUAAUAUUACUUGAUGUGGCUUUUAUUUCUUCAUGGGAUAGGGGUGUCAUUGGCCAGGCCAACAUUUAUUGCCUAUCCCUAAUUGCAGUUGAGAGGUGGUAAGCUACCUCCUU